AUGGGAAAAGCACUGUCAUACAUACCCCCGUCGCUGAAGGGAGAUAAGGUGGUGGUUCAACUAGAGGAGGCAGAUAUAGUCGAACAAGAGGCCUAUUGGAGUACUGCGCUGAUUGGAUUCUCUAUCAUGAUGAUGGAUAUUAUAUCUUCAAAUUUUGCGAUGAUAUCUGAUAGAGAUUUAGUGAUGCAAUCAGGGCCAUAUACAUACCGGAAUAGGCCAGUAAUUUUGCGGAAUUGGGAGAUCGAUUUUGAAUUUAACCCAGAAUGUCUUAAUAAAGUUCUCCUAUGGAUAAAAUUCCCUAGCCUUCCUCUGGGAUACUGGUCAGCUGAGGCAUUGAGUAAAUUGGCGAGUGUGGUGGGUAGACCCAUGUAUAUAGACAAAUACACUGCAGCUAUGGAGAGAAUAUCUUACGCAAGAGUGCUGGUUGAGACUGAUAUUAGUCAUCCUCUGCCUGAUCGGGUAGAAAUAAGCACUCUAUCUGGUAUUAUACAGCAAAACUUAACCUAUGACUGGGUGCCCAAAUUUUGUGUGGACUGUAACCUAUUUGGGCAUAAUAGUGAUGAAUGCCAAAAGAAGCAGAAGGUUGAGACUGAGGAACCUCAAGCACCACACCCAUAA